AUGCUAACUUAUGGAGUAGCAGCAGAUGCUACUGAUGAUUAUAUUUGGAUUGCAGAAAGUACUGCUGUAGAGAGUCUUAAAAGGUUUGUGAAAGCUAUUGUUGAAAUCUUCGGUGAUGAGUACCUGAGAUCCCCAAAUGAUAAUGAUACAGCUAGAUUACUUGCAAUUGGAGAGCAAAAUGGUUUUCCCGGAUCUCACAAUGAUAUUAAUGUUCUGCACCGUUCUCACCUAUUUGCAAAUCUAGCUGAAGGGCAUGCUCCAGAAGUGAACUACACCAUUAAUGGUCAUAAUUAUACAAUGGGGUAUUACCUUGCAGAUGGCAUAUAUCCUCAAUGGGCCACAUUUGUUAAGCCAAUACCAUCUCCACAAGGGAAUAAGAGGAAAUAUUUUACGAAAGUACAAGCAGCGGUGAGGAAGGAGGUGGGACGAGCAUUUGGAGUUCUGCAAUCUCGUUUUGCCAUUGUUCGUGGGCCAGCAAGAUUUUGA